UUCUUUUCUUUCUUGUUUUCCGCUAUACUGGCAUCCUCCAUUGUUGUAUGAUCUCCAACAUUCUCAGCGAACAUGUUGCAGUUUCAAUAGAGCCUCCAACGCAACUUGAGCAGUAGCCAACAAGAGUUGUGGGUCGCGGGUCAGGAUGGAAGCAACACUCAAAUUGGCGGACUGCGAACCAUGAAUGCGAUUGUUAAGCGCACGUGCUGGUGGUUUGACCUGACCAAGGUGGGAGAGCUUCCCAACAACCUUCACAGCAAACCAUCGCAGAAUGAUGAGCCGCCUCAGCACAGCGAGUAUUUCAGAAAGGCUCUGAGCGGUCCGUGGAAGGAAGCUGAUGAAGGCUGUGUGCGUCUCGAGGACGUGGAGAGCGGUCCCUUCAACAUCUUUGUCGACUGGCUGUACUCCGAGAAGAUCGCGCAACAAGACGACAAUCCUCCUGACGAGAAAGGCGCGCGUGACAUGGAACUGGAGGCGAUUGCGCUCGGCGACCGCUUCCUUGCGCCGGCCUUCGUGAGGGCAUUGCAUAGACAUUUCGUCGACAGGCAGUUUGCAAGGUCGGUUACCGAAUCAAACAAGGACCUAGCACCGCCCUUCAGUGUCAUUAUCUGCGCCUUCAGCAAGCUUGCCAAGGAGGAUCCGAACCUUGACAUGCUGGUAGAUCUCAUGCCAAUAAUUACGCUAUUUCAGAACUUCAUACGGAACCUGGCUACAAGGUCGGAGUCGAGCUUCCAUAUGCGUUCCUCCUUCGUUUCAGACAUAGAUAUGGAUUCUGCACUGCGGUCAGAUAGGCAAUGCGACAGCCACCCCUUCACUAGGAGCGACUCAAAGCGUGCGACUAUUAUGAACAUCCUGAUGCAGCCGAGCGCAGGAACUGCCCAUGGAACAAAAUCUGAGCACCCAAGCACGGCGAGGCGAUGGGUCUGAUCAGAAAAAAUAACCAUCAUGGCCACUGUACUCAGAAAGAACAUAUAUGCUGCCCAACGAACUCGAGGUUUUAAUCCAAAAUUGGGGCGGUUCAGAACUAUGAACGGAAGCAGAUCAGAGCUUCGCACGGGAGCGGAUAUACCUUUGAAUGGGGGUGGUAGCGCUGAAGAUGGUGAUGCCAAAGCUCUGCUCGACAAUUCAACCGAAGAUUGGCUUCGAAUCCGUGUCAGCCAUAUGCACUUCAUGCAGCAUUGCUGACAGCUAAAGGAAAAUAAAAACAUGCGAUUCCUCAGCAGGAUUUACCUCUGCGCUACUUACGAAGCUUUGAAUGUAUUCAAAAUCGAUGCAGUUGGUAGCCGAUGGUGUGAUAUGAUGAGUGGUUUCCCCGCGUGAUGUAUGAAACAGC